AGUAAUGCACCUCUACAUUGUUUAUCUGCCGGAAAUGAUGAGAAGGAGAGGAAAAAGAAGAAGAACUACUUCCUCGGAUGUUUAUUAGUGAGGAAUGAGAUCGAUUGAAAUAUCAGUUUGUGUGAGUUAUUAAAGCAGUAGCCUACAACACAUGAUAGGGUAGAACAGGUCGACUAUACGGUCAUAAACUGUAACGUUUGUAGAAACGUUUCGUCAAGUAUGGCGUCUCGGUCUCCAUCAUCUUCUCCGGACUCUGCAAGUGGCUCAGGUAACGUUACGGAUCCAGCACGGCCUGACACUGGAGAGCCACUAGGUUCGGAUUCUGACUCAGAUGGUGAUUUAGGACAAUUUUAUUGUGGUGGAGCCAAUUCGGGAGUUCGAUUGGAUGGAACAGAACUGGAAAAUGCCUUCGAAACAGCCGCAGAGCGCCUUCAAGAUCUCGUCCAAACGGCGAGCAGAGAACAAUUGCUGUACCUUUAUGCUAGGUACAAACAGGUCAAGACUGGCAAAUGUAAUACGGGAAAACCUGGCUUUUUCGAUUUUGAGGGCCAGAGGAAAUGGCAGGCAUGGAGGGCCCUGGAGGACAUGAGUGUGGAUCAAGCUAUGCAAGAGUAUGUCACAAAAGUGGAUUCUCUGGACCCGGACAACAGUUGGAAGUCUUCUGAAAGGAGGGGUUCAGAACGAAGGACAACGUUUGGUGGCCCCGCAGUCAGCUCACUUUACCAAGAGGAGAUGAUAAGAGAAGAGGACAAGAACAUAUUUGACUACUGCAGAGAGAACAACAUUGAGCAUAUUACCAAGGCCAUCAAUUCAAAGAAAGUGGAUAUCAAUAUCACAGACGAAGAGGGCCGGGCGAUGCUGCACUGGUCAUGUGAUCGUGGCCACAAGGAUCUGGUGUCUGUGCUCCUGUUAAACAAAGCUGACAUAAACAGCCAGGACAAUGAAGGACAGACAGCACUACACUAUGCUUCUGCAUGUGAGUUUGCUGACAUUGUGGAGCUGCUCCUCAAGGCUGGCGCUGACCCGUUAAUCAAAGAUCUGGAAGGUUCUCUGCCUGAAGAAGUUACAGAAUCUAGCACCAUAUCGUCACUUCUGCGUCAGUACACAGCUCCCAAAGGCUGAACGCCCCCCUCCCCUCCUCUCCCCACUGCCAAAAUGCUGAUUCACCUGUAAAGUGCUUCACCGUUCCAUUCCCCCAUGCCUAUGAGAGUUAUCCAGUGUCAAAUCAGCAGUGAUGCAAACAUAUGUUUAUCCUUAUUUACAAAAUGGUCCCUUUCAAGGAUUGUUAUGUCAUUUUCAUAAUCAAUAAAGAUAAUAUUUGAAGGAAAAAAAAAAUUCUGAGAUUUAUUUUUAUCGUUUGAGGUAUUAUUUUCUGCUCAAAAAUUCCAGUAUUACCUGUUAAGAAGCAGUCUGGAAAUAUGAUGGGGGUAAUUUUGUUGUGGGAGAAGCUUGACCAUAUGCUAUUAAUAAAGUGCCAUCAAUGAUA